GAGAGAGGGCGGGAGUGAGAAAGGAACGACCCACCCAAAGAAGAAAAAAAAAGAGACCCCCGGAAUAAAAAAAAUACUGGUAAAAGAGGGUCUACCUUGAUAACUUUUUCCUUUUAUCACCAGUGACCGUGCCCCCAGCCCGGGCCGUCCACUUCCCCGCGUCGUCUCACAGUUGAAAGCUCUCCUCUGCGGCUUUUCAACAGACACACCCUCCCCCGCUUCCUCUUGUCGCACAGGUGUCAAUCAUCCGUCUGACAUGGAUGGGCUGCGGAGCAUCUUUCCUGGACAUCCAACUCUCUCGCUCGAAAGGGCCCUUAAUGGCGCGGGCGGGGACUUGGAAAGAGCCAUCGACAUCGUUCUCCGUGGACAGCAAGAGCAGGAGUUCAGAGAGCUAGCACGGAGGCAACACCAAGAACGGCCGCAACAAGGAAAGCAACUGAAUCAGAAACUACCGACCCCUCUACCAACUCAGAGGAUACGGCAAGAUUUAGACCGUCCCCUAUUAUCACCCUCCACCGCGUCGGCGAAUUCCUUUGGCUCGCUGAGGAUCUCCGACGGUGAUGGUGGUGGUGAUGAUGAUGAUGAUGAUGAUGAUGACGACGAUGGUGAUGAUGAUGGUGAUGAUGAUGCUGGCGAUGGUGAUGAAGAGUUUGUGUUUGGUGGUACUGAUGGCAUGGAGAUUUCUGGAGAUGAGCCCCUUAGGAUGGAACGGGAGAGGAAUGGCAACGGGAAGCAAGUGGAGCAAGUGGAGCAGGUGGGGGAAGAGUGGAAGAAACCAGUUGCUAGUCAAGAGGAUGUCCUUCAGAAUGUCUUGAGCAUCUUUCCCGAUGCAUGCCUCACACAUAUAGCGAAUCUCUAUCGUGAAUAUUAUUUACUACAAGGCAGCGAUAUCACCGAAUUUAUUGCGAACAAGCUAGCUGAGACAGAUUACCCAAAGUCAGAACUCGUCCUGAAGGCCGGCAUGAAGAGGAAGCGAGCGGAGGAAGACGAAAAGGGGGAAAAGGGCCCAGAUUACGAGGCCAACGAUAGACCUCCGGUUGUUGGGGAGCGCUGUCAACUUGUGUACGUUAUGCCCCUACCCCGCCCCAUGACGGGGGGCAGCUUGCGCCCUCACGUGACCGCUUCACCUUACUUAACUCGAUGCUGUCUGCCUGGCUUAGGCCAUCUGUUCUUUUCUUGCUAACCCUACGGGUUCUAGGAGAUCUGUUUUGAAGCAGGAGUUUCCUCUGAUGCCGGUACGGUUCAUCGAGAAGGUUAUGGCGCAGAACCGGAACUAUCUAGCUAAAUCCUACUCCGCCCUUGUUAAGGCAGAUAAAUCUUACAAUCCACAAACGAACGCUCCCUAUAAACAGCUCGUCCACCCGCGAAAAAUGGAAGGCCGAAGCCAUGAACUUAAGAAGGGCAAGGACUGGACAGAGAUCAGUGCUGAGCUAGAAUACGCCCGCGGUGAAGUGAGAAGAGAAGAAAGUAAGUGCAAUUUUGGAUGUGUGUUUGCUGUCCUUUUGUCUGUAGCUAAUCGAGAUAAACAGUGCAAGCCCAGAUGGACGCCGACGCUAUGCUAGCGGCUCAGAUAAACGAAAAGGAGCAUCAGGAGAGCAACAUGCUGAUGGAGUGCGGGUGUUGCUUUGGUGAAUAUCCAUUCAACAGCAUGACUCACUGUAAUGACCUGCAUUUCUUCUGUCUUGACUGUGCCAGACGUAAUGCAGAAACAGAGGUGGGGAAUGGCCGCCAUAAACUAUCUUGUAUGGAUGGGUCCGGUUGCAAGGCACUUUUCCCUCGGGGCCAAAUGUUGCGUUUCCUUGAUGAUAAGACGUUAUCAGCCCUAGCAAAGAUAGAACAAGAGGAUGCCCUGCGUAUUGCUGAAAUUGACGGGCUCGUCAAGUGCCCGUUUUGUGAUUACGGAGCCAUCUGUGCGCCACCCGAGGUGGAUAAGGAGUUCAAGUGCCAGAACCCCGACUGUAAGAAUCAUAAGUUUAUACUGCUUUCUCAUAGGUGCGCGCUGACAUAGGUUAUAGGUAUGGAAAUUAGCUGCCGACUCUGCAGCCAGAAAUCGCACAUCCCUUUGACAUGCCAGGAAUAUGCUAAAGACAAUAAACUUAAUGUUCGGCACAGAGUUGAAGAAGCCAUGACAGAAGCGCUGGUAAGGAAGUGCAAGUAAGUUUUGGGAGCCCAGCAUAAUGGAUUAUUAUUAAUGAAAUGCAGCAAAUGUUCCUAUCCGUAUAUCAAAGAAUACGGAUGCAACAAGAUUCAUUGCAACCGCUGUAAUACACUUCAAUGGUAAGUCAAUGGACUUUCUUUUUGAUGUAGGCGAGGCUAAUCUUCCAUGCAGCUACAUCUGCUCCCAGACAAUCAAGAACUACGACCAUUUUAAUGACCCGGCAAGAGGGGGGAAGAUAGGCAAUUGCCCGCUCUUUGACAACACCGAAGAGCGGCAUCACGACGAAGUUGAAACUGCAGCAAAGAAGACCAUGGAGAUGCUUCGAGAAGAGCAUCCGGAGCUUGACGAUGAGGAUCUGAAGGUAGAACUCUCAGAAAGGGUGCGGAAGGGAGAGGAGGCCAAACGCUCUCGUGCAGCAGCCGCGAAUGGUGGCAUCCCCGCGUACCAACCGCAAGCGGCUCGACAGCCGGCUGCGGCUCCUCCGGGUGUGAGAAGGCGAGCAGCUGGGCCACCUGCACCCGCACCACCGCCCGUGCCACCGGUUGGAGGACCAAUCGUGGGGGUAGGACCUCGAGGCCGUAUAUUGCAGCGAGUACGGGAUCGUAUUCAGCAGGUCGUUCAGCCCCAAGCACCGCCCGCACAGCCUGCCCCUGUGAUAAUGGGCCACCAGCUGCCGUUGUUUCACCAAGUUGCUCAGAAUAUGUACCCAAUCCCUAUUCCACAAUAUGCUCCUUACCCUGCGCCGAACCAGUAUCCGGGCGCGAAACCCGCUCAACAACCACCCAUUGGUGGCCUCCCAGUUGCUCAUGGUGCACCGGUUGUGAACGAACAUAUACCUCCACCUCCACCGCAACCGCCCCCACAGCCGUAUCGCCGUGCAGUGUUAUCUCGAAGAAAUACCGUUGCUGCUGGUAGGCCCAUAGGUGCUCAGGUCCAGGGGAUGGGCAUGGCCAUGCAAGAGCAAAACCUGAUGAUGGCAAUGGGGCGAGCGCAGGCACAGGCGCCGACCCCACCUGCAGGUCCACCAUCUGGGAUCUCAGCUCCUCGGAGGAGACGC